AUGCUCGGCCCAAUACUCCGAAGGCAAGUCCUUCAGUCGCGGUCGACCUUCCGACAUGCCCUCCCCUCCACCUCGAGCCUCGCAAGAUGGUACGCCUCCUACCCACCGCACACCAUCGUCAAGAUGCCCGCCCUGUCGCCAACCAUGACCGCUGGAAACAUUGGCGCAUGGCAGAAAAAGCCCGGUGAUACUAUUGCGCCGGGCGAUGUGCUGGUCGAGAUCGAGACCGACAAGGCCCAGAUGGACUUUGAGUUCCAGGAGGAUGGUGUGCUGGCCAAGGUCCUGAAGGAGACGGGCGAGAAGGAUGUCCCUGUCGGAAACCCAAUCGCUGUCCUUGUCGAGGAGGGAACCGACGUUUCCGCCUUCGAGGGCUUCAGCCUGCAGGACGCCGGUGGUGACGCCGCCGCCCCCGCCGAGAAGAAGGAGGAACCCAAGAAGGAGGAGUCGUCCUCUACGCCCGCACCGGCCCCCGAGCCUACGCCCGAGUCCGAAGACACCGGUUUCAAGGGCAAGUUCGAGACCGCCCUCGACCGUGAGCCGAACGCCUCUCCCGCUGCCAAGAGGCUCGCCAUCGAGAAGGGUAUCAAGCUGGCCGAGCUCAAGGGCACCGGGCCCAAGGGCAAGAUCACUGAAGAGGACGUCAAGAAGGCCUCCGCCUCCCCCGCUGCUGUGUCCGCCCCUGGCGCCGUCUAUGAGGACGUGCCUCUUACCGGCAUGCGCAAGACCAUCGCCAGCCGCCUGCAGCAGUCGUGGCGCGAGAACCCUCACUUCUUUGUCUCCUCCGCCAUCUCCGUCAGCAAGCUCAUGAAGCUCCGCCAGGCCCUCAACAGCUCUGCCGACGGCAAGUACAAGCUCAGCGUCAACGACUUCCUGAUCAAGGCCAUUGCUGCUGCCGCCAAGAAGGUCCCCGCCGCCAACGCAUCCUGGCAGGAGGGCGCCAUCCGGCAGUUCAGCACCGUUGACGUUUCCGUGGCCGUCGCCACCCCGGCCGGCCUGAUCACGCCCAUUGUGAAGGCCGCUGAGGGCAAGGGCCUGGAGACCAUCUCCUCCCAGGUCAAGGAGCUGGCCAAGCGCGCCCGCGACAACAAGCUCAAGCCCGAGGAGUACCAGGGCGGCACCAUCUCCAUCUCCAACAUGGGCAUGAACCCCGCCGUCGACAGCUUCACCGCCAUCAUCAACCCUCCCCAAGCUACGAUACUGGCCAUCGGUGCCCCCAAGAAGGUGGCCAUUCCCGCCGAGACCGAGGACGGCACCACCGGUGUCGCCUGGGACGACCAGAUCACCAUCACUGCCAGCUUCGAUCACAAGGUUGUGGACGGCGCGGUCGGCGCUGAGUUCAUGCGCGAGCUGAAGAAGGUCGUCGAGAACCCGCUGGAGCUGCUUCUGUAAGAGGAGGCGAGGGGGAGAAAAAGAGAAAGGGGAGAUACCACGCUAGCAUUGUCGUGGAGUAAAAGAAUAGAGUGAAUACCACAAAGCCACAUGUUGAUUCUCAGAUGUAAAGGUAUUUCAGGGGCGUAUGUACUAAUACAAUCAACUUGCUCGCGGCGGCAUCUUUUUUUCUUCC